AUGGCGAUGUCUUUGAAGAUGAGCUUUGUGUUGCAGAAAAGUGAUCUGAUGCUUAAGAAAGAGAGUAACAUUAAUGGCAUCAAGAUGGCAACUACUAUAUCAUGCAGGGUCAAAGAGCUGCCUAUAGGUAACAAAAAGAAUUUGUACCAAGUUCUUUCAUUGGAAUCACAGAAUGUUAGUUUUCAUGACCUCAAGAAAGCAUACCGUGCAAAAGCUCUUCAACUUCAUCCCGACGUUUCUCCAUCUUCUAUAAAGGAGGAAUGCACAAAACAGUUUGUGGAGUUACGAGAGGCGUAUGAGGUGCUUUCUGAUCCAAAUUCCCGAAGAAUGUAUGACUUGAGCUUGGUUGAAUCUAUGGGGUGUGGUCUUGGAGAUCAUGCUUACCGUGGACAGGGAGUGCAGUAUUCAAGAAUGGUGUGGGAAAUGCAACUUAAAGGAUUAAAGCAUCGAUCGGAUCAGAGAAGGAACGUUCAGUUUGUGUAG